ACUGCAAGGCCACUGGAGCCAAUGCCGGGCUGUUGCUGGCAGGCCAGGCUGAUUACGCGCGACCUGACUGCCUACCUGACAGCUUGAUCUUUGGUGUCUGUCGUUGGAGCAUCCAUAGCUUUUGACUUUUGCAUUCAAUUCACAGCUGCCCGCCACCCACAACGACCUUGCGUUUACCUCCAUCACCCCUAAUACGAGCUUGUAGCUAUAUCAACGCAUUCAGAUCAGAUUCAAUCCACGUCAUUUCCCACCAUGUCGACUCUCGAGGAGCUCGAUGAUCUCGACCGCCGAGACAAGGAGGAGAAGAAGAGAGAUGGUGACGACAAGAAAGAGAAGAAGCCUACUGAUGGCGACGCCGACAUGCAAGAUGCAGAGGAAGAGGAGGACGACAUCCUUGACGAAGAGAUCCUGGGGCUGAGCACACAAGACAUUCAAACCCGCAAACGAUUGCUAGAGAAUGAUUCUCGCAUCAUGAAGAGUGAGUUCUCGCGGUUAUCACACGAGAAGGCUGCCAUGGGUGAGAAGAUCAAGGAGAACCAGGACAAGAUUGCCAACAACAGACAACUCCCUUACCUGGUCGGCAACGUCGUUGAGCUGCUUGACCUGGACCCUACGGCCGAAUCAUCAGAAGAGGGUGCCAACAUUGACCUGGAUGCCACUCGAGUUGGAAAAUCAGCCGUUAUCAAGACGUCUACGCGACAAACAAUCUUCCUCCCUUUGAUUGGCCUGGUUGACGCCGAUAACUUAAAGCCUGGCGACCUUAUUGGUGUCAACAAGGAUUCGUAUCUUAUUCUCGAUACGCUCCCGGCCGAGUACGACAGCCGUGUCAAGGCUAUGGAGGUGGAUGAGAAGCCCACAGAACAGUACACUGAUGUUGGUGGACUGGAUAAGCAGAUUGAAGAGUUGGUGGAAGCAAUCGUAUGGCCCAUGAAGGAGGCUGAGCGUUUCAAGAAGAUUGGCAUCAAGGCCCCAAAAGGUGCACUGAUGUACGGCCCCCCAGGUACAGGCAAGACUUUACUAGCACGAGCCUGCGCAGCACAGACGGACGCUACGUUCUUGAAGCUGGCAGGUCCUCAACUGGUUCAGAUGUUCAUUGGUGAUGGCGCCAAGCUCGUACGGGACUGCUUUGCGCUGGCUAAAGAAAAGGCUCCUGCGAUUAUUUUCAUCGACGAAUUGGAUGCGGUUGGUACCAAGCGCUUCGACAGCGAGAAGAGUGGCGACCGUGAAGUUCAGCGAACCAUGUUGGAGCUACUGAACCAGCUUGACGGUUUCGCCUCUGAUGACCGAAUCAAGGUGUUGGCUGCAACAAACCGAGUCGAUGUUCUUGAUCCUGCGCUUCUCCGAUCUGGCCGACUCGAUCGCAAGAUUGAAUUCCCCCUGCCAAAUGAGGAGGCCCGCGCUCAGAUCUUGAAGAUUCAUUCCCGCAAGAUGAAGGUUGACCCCGGUGUCAAUUGGGGUGAGUUGGCCCGAAGCACGGAUGAGUUUGGAGGUGCUAUGUUGAAGGCUGUUUGUGUGGAGGCUGGUAUGAUUGCUUUGCGAUCAGGCAAGAACAAGAUUGGCCACGAGCAUUAUGUUGAUGCCAUUGCUGAGGUGCAGGCCAAGAAGAAGGAUGGACAGGGUUUCAAGACUCCAGACCCAGUCAUUCAACGAUUCCAAGGUAGUCAUUUCUAUAACACCCAGCCAAGUCGUAGUCUCCAGGCAAAGAUCAUUAUAAAGGACAUUUUCAGCCCAGCUAGGGCAGUUUCUGGCAGCGGAAUGUACCGAUAUGCACCGGCUGGACUUAGUCAUCUGGCGUCUUACCUGUUCGAGCCUGGAGCUUGUGCGGGGCGGGUCAUGCAAAAUUCGUACCAACAUUUCCAUCUCUCUGAAGCAGAAGCAGCAGCCAAAAUGAGAUUUUUGAACGCCGUCUUGGCCACGGUAGCCAUCAGCGGUGUCACCGCCAGCACAUGGUUCCCUGGCUCAAAGCCUGUUUACAACAAGUGGCACGAGACCGAGCUGGAGCGCUGGCUCUCAGAUCACGAUGUCCCCUACCCAACACCUGCCGACCGCAAGGAUCUCGAGUCCUUGAUUGAGAAGAACUGGGAGAAUCACGUUGUUACUCCUUACAACAGCUGGGACACCAACCAACUCAGUUCUUACUUGCAAUCAAAGGGUAAGGAGGCCAAGAACGAGGCCGCUGCCUCAAAGGAUAGCCUUUUGUCCCAGGUAAAGGCCAACUGGUAUGAGACUGAGGGCAACGCCCAAUCUGCCUGGCUCAACGUCAAGGAUUGGAUUCUCGACACUUGGACUGAGAGCCAGUUGAAGGCAUUUGCCGACAAACAUGGAAUUCCUGUCCCCCAACCCCGCCACCGUGAUACGCUUCUCCAGAAGGCUCGCUCUAGCUACGAGACCGUUGCCAAGAAGGCCAACCAGGCUUCAUCGUACCCCGGUAACUGGCUCUACGAAACAUGGUCCGAGUCUGAUCUCAAGGAAUGGCUUGACACCCAUGGAUUCCCCGCCCCUCAGCCCAUGACACGCGAUAAGCUCAUUGCCUCCGUUCGACGCAACUCUCGUCUUGCCUACCUCAAGGCUCAGGAUCAGGCCGCUAGUGCCACCGCCAGCGCUCAGGGCGCAUACGCCACUCUCACUGACAUGAUCAUUGAUGCCUGGAGCGAGUCCCAGCUCAAGGAGUUCUGCGACAAGAACGGUAUUGCUGUUCCUCAGGGCACCAAGGCCAACGAACUCCGCGCCCUCGUCCGCAAGCAUCGAGCCGAUAUCCUCGGUGAUAACAUUUCUGCCAGCGCUGCAUCCGCUUACGGUGCUGCCACCUCUAAUGCCCAGAACCAGUACGCCAAAGCCACCGACAGCGCUUCUUUGGCUGCUCAGGAUGCUUUCAACCAGGCUGUUGGAACCUGGUCCGAUAGCCGUCUCAAGUCUUAUCUCGACGCUCGUGGCGUCCCUGUUCCCCAGGGCUCCAAGAAGAAUGAGCUCGAGGCUCUCGUCCGCAAGAACGCCCACGUUGCCUACCACGGUGGAAACGCCUGGACCUUUGAUGACUUCAGCUACGACAACUUGAAGAAGUACCUUCAGCGCAACGGAGAUGCUGCUGCCAAGCAGGUAGCCGAGAAGAAGGAUGCCACUCGCGAUGAGCUCUAUGAUGCUGCUCAGUCCGCCUACUCUUCCGCUUCUUCGGCCGGAGGAUCUACCUGGGCUUCAGCCACUAGCUACCUUACUUCGGCCACUAACUCUGCCAAGCAGUCUGCCUUCGAUGAGUGGACCGAGACUGAUCUCAAGGCCUACCUCGAUAGCUAUGGUGUGCCAGUGCCACAAGGAUCUAAGCUCGAGGAUCUGAAGGCUGAAGCACGAAAGCAAUCCACGUACUUUAGGUACGGCACCAGCUCCCCGACUGGAACUUUCUUCGCUAAGCUCGGAGAAACUGCCCGCGAUACCUACAACUGGGUUGCCAACCAGCUUCAGCUUGGUGGCCAGGCUGCGAAGCAGAAGGCUGCGGAGGCCGAGGCUGAUGCUAAGGCAAAGAUCCGUGAGGAGCUGUAAUGCGCUGAAGACACCCGAAACAUUUGAGUUCAGUGCUCAGAUGGUUGAAGAUCCUUGUGGUCUUGGAACAUGCGAUAUCAGUGCGGCAGGUUGCCAUUGAUGAAAAGGCGAGAAGACAAGGUCAAAGCUGGCUAUAUUUUAGCCAUAACGAGGAUGCAGACUAUGGUACUUUAGGUCGUUUGCUUUAGCAGCUAGUUAUGUUUUACGAAUCCUAUUUUGUUAAUCACA